AUGGUUCUCCAAAGCGUUGUGGUAAUGAUGUUUUUCGCUACAGCUAAGGUUGUGGCUAGCGAAAUGAUGGUACUUACAGUGCCCCUUUCUGACAACACCAACCUGGUAUUAAGUCCGGUGGGUACACAGUUUUCUUGUGUGAACAAGACCUACGGUUACUAUGCAGACAUGGAGGCAGCUUGCAAAGUAUACCACAUUUGUAACCCCUACGUCACACAGUAUGGGCAAGAACAGGCCGUUCAGUAUAGCUUUUACUGCAGAGAAGAAAGAAUCUUCAGCCAAGCAACUCUCACUUGUGAACUACCACACCAAGGAAUCCCUUGCGAACAAGCCUACUUGUAUUAUCCCGUGCCCUCUUCAGUAGCCAAUGCUGACCAAGACCGUUACGCGAACCCUGAUCAAGAUUCAUAA